CAAGUCAGGCAUUAACUCCAGAGAAUCUCAUCACCUGGCUGGCAAGAUUCCGCAGCUGCGAUUUAAAUAUCUUUUAUCCUAUUGGCUGCGGGAAAAGAGGGGAAGGGCCGCAGGAUUAAUUACAGUGCACUAACUUUUUUUUUUGUGUGGCUUUAGGGUACAUGCUAAGAAAAAAAAAAAAAUUCUGGGAGAGACAACGACAGAGAGAAGCCAAAAAACAAAAAAAGACCCAGGGAAGGGAAGAUUGUGCAAAGUUAAUUUAUUGAAAUUUUAUUACUACUUUAUCACUUAUUUAUUUUUUAAAGACUUUAAAAAAAAAAAAGAAUCUGCAAAUCUUUCCUGCGUCCAAAAAUUGCUCUCCUAGGGAUAAGAAAUCCAGAGAAAGGAACCUAAACUUGUCAGGACAGGAGUGUCUGCAGAUCCUCGGCUCCUUGUAGAAGAAGAGAAGACUUCUGGCUUUUGGAUUAUGCGUGUACAGCAAAGGACUAGAAGAUGAUAGGGUCAUCCGCCUUUUUCGUGGCUCUGCAAGUAUUAAUAUUUUUCCCUAAAAGAGGGUCUGCACAGCAAGCAAGAUGCGAAAAUAUAUACGACUCCGAUAUAGUGUUUGUCAUUGAUGGGUCUUCUAGUAUCGGAAGGCCGAAUUUCCGAAUGAUCAAGACGUUUAUGGAAGGGUUGGUGAUUCCUUUUGCAAAUGUGGUCGGCCAGGACAAAGUACGCUUCGGAGUGGUGCAAUACAGUGAUGACCCAAGAACAGAGUUUGAAUUUUCCCGAUACCGAAAUGGAACUGAGGUGAUCAAGGCCAUCAGAAACCUGGGCUACAAGGGUGGAAACACGCGGACUGGAGCAAGCUUGAGAUACGUUGCAGACAACUUCUUUGGUCUUGGAACUAUUCGGCCCAAUAUUCCUAAGAUUGUAGUUUUAAUCACUGACGGAAAGUCCCAGGAUGAUGUAGAUCAGUCUUCUGAAAGACUAAAGAGCCAAGAUAUCAAAAUAUUUGCUGUUGGAAUUAAGAAAGCUGACAGUCGGGAACUGACGAGGGUGGCUUCUACUCCGUCUGAUGACUUUUUCUUCUAUGUCAACGACUUCAAGAUCCUCACCACUCUGCUGCCUCUGGUGUCACGGAAAGUCUGUGUGACCACUGGGGGAACCUACCUGCCUGCAGAUGCCGCUUACACGGGACCUUCCAACCUGGUUUUCUCUGACCAGACAACAGACUCCCUGAGGAUACAAUGGACAGCGGCCACUGGACCUGUCACCGGUUACAAAAUUGUCUAUGGUCCUCUGACGGGUCAAGGGCAGCAGAUCCCACUGGAGCUGAGAGAGAUCAGCGUAACAGCAGCACAGACAAAUACCGUCCUGCAAGGCCUCAGAGCCGCAACAGAGUAUUCCGUUAGCGUCACUGCACUAUACGCUGAAAGUAUUGGCCAAUCUGUCUCAGGCAGAGGGAGAACAUCGAGCGCAGCUGGGAUAUCAAACUUCCGUGUGGCAGAGGCCGGCCCAUCCUUCCUCAGGAUAGCAUGGACCAUUUCUGGAGCAGAGCCGCCAACUGGAUACCGGCUGACCUAUUCCACUAGAGGGGAUGGAAGAACGGCAGAGAAGACUUUGAGUGGAAGCGCACUAUCCGAUACGCUUAAUGACCUGAGACCUGACACCGAAUACAUCCUGGUGCUUUAUCCGCAAUUCCAAAGGCAAACUGGUACACCUGCCACAAUAAGUGGACGCACACGACGUGUCGAUGGGUUGACAGAUCUCAAUAUACAAGAUGUGACAUCCCAAAGCAUGAGGGUCACAUGGAGAGGGAUCAGAGGUGCCACCGGCUACCGUAUCUCCUGGGUAUCUGAAUCAGGGGAAGACACGAAAGACUUUGAUGUUGGUCCAUCUAUAGAAUCCUACUUCAUCCAGAACCUCCAGUCCAGCACCGAGUACACUGUGUCCGUCAGUCCACUUUUUGGGGCCACAGAGGGGCCAGCAAUAUCUAAGAGGGUGAAAACAGAUUCAGGAAUUGUUCAGGAGUUGAGAUCAUUUGCCAAGAAUGCCAACUCAAUCCAGGUGACGUGGAAACUCAUCCCAGAGGCUACCGGCUAUAGGCUGGAAUGGAGGCAAGCUCGAGGUGGCCCUAAGGCUCCACAGAUUGUGAAUCUCCCCACUACCACCAAUCAAUAUGAAAUUACCAAUCUGCGGCCACGAACGGAGUACCUUAUAACCCUCUUUACCUUGUAUGAUGGCAGAGAGGUGGCAACACCAGCAACCGCCGAUGAGACUGGUGUCGUCGGUACAGUUACCAACUUGCGGGUUGUAGAUGUCACUGGCAAAAAAGUGCGUUUGGCGUGGACGUCGUUGGCGGGUGCUACGGAGUACAAGGUGGUGAUUCGCAGCACUGAUGGGUCUUAUGAAAGAACGAGACUGGUUCCGGGCAACCAAAACACGAUUGAAAUGAACAGUCUUGAAGAAGGUGUGACAUACGAGGUGUUUGUAUCAGCGCUGAUUGGACGAAAUGAAGGCUCGCCCGUUUCCAUCACUGUCCGGACAGAAUCAUUGUCAGUUGGCUCUGUGACAAACCUUCGUGUCUUGGAAGUAAGAAGAGAGCGAAUCCGACUGGCCUGGAGAGGAGUAUCUAAAGCGACAGAAUACAGAAUCCUGAUCCGAAAUUCCGAAGAUGGGACGGAGAGAAGCCAAGUGAUUCCAGGAGAUCAGACCACCUUUGAUCUGACCGAUAUGCAGGAAGGCAUCACGUAUGUCGUGAGGGUGACUGCAGUGGUGGGGACGAGAGAAGGAUCACCUGUGACUAUCAACGUCAAAACAGAGGAAGUAGGUAUUGGUGGAGUGGCCAACCUUCGAGUGACGGAGACGACACCCAACAGAAUCCGCAUUGUCUGGACUGGGAUAGCAAGAGCUACAGGAUACAGAGUUCGAUGGAGACUAAGUGAUGGUCGGGAGAUCGUAAGAACCCUUCCAGCUGGGGCGACAUCAUUUGACAUUGAUGAUUUGCAAGCAAACACAAUGUAUGUCAUAGCGGUGACCGCUCUUGUCAGUAACUCAGAAAGCAGCCCGGCGACCGUCACGGCGCGCACAGGAGUUGACACGGUAGAUAAAGUCACCAAUCUGAGGGUUCAGACCCUUGGGGAAACCACCAUACGUGUGGAAUGGAGCAGGGUCCUCCGAGCCACGAAUUACCGGAUUACCUGGAGACGUAGAGAUGGGGUUGAAGCGUCUCGACUGGUUACCAAGGAUAUGACAUCAGUUGAGAUUCCAGAUUUAGUGCCUGGGACCGUCUAUACCAUCUUUGUCUCAACACUUGCCGGCUCAGUCGAGAGCGAAGCGGAAUCUAUCACUGCAGAAACUCGACAACAGGAGGUUGGCUCUGUCACAAGUCUGCGGGUCUUUGAGAGCCAGAACACUAUACGGGUGACAUGGGUCGGUGUUCAGGGAGCCACAGCCUACAGGGUUUCAUGGAUCUCCGAUGACGGUGGUCCGGAGCAAACCAGGGAGGUGCCAGGAAAUACCAAUUCCUUUGAGCUGAUCAACCUGACCCCGGGUUUGCGAUACACUGUGAAAGUCAGGGCACUGGUGGGCAGCCGGCAGGGACAAGCGGUCAGCACGAGUGUCACAACACCGGACUUACCCGAUGUAAACCCCGUCAGAGACCUCCGGGUGAUAGACGUAACACGCCAACGGGUUAGGCUGACAUGGUCGGUGGUUCCUGGAAGCACUGGCUAUCGGAUUUACUGGAGGCGGGUGGAUGGAGGUCCGGAAACGAGCCGCUCGGUGUCCGGAGAUGUGAUAUUUUAUGACCUUGACAACUUAAUAUCUGGUGCUCGCUAUCAAUUUCGUGUGGCCUCAUUAUCUGGGAGCCAGGAAGGCGAAGCUGCAACUACAUUGGCAAACACCCUUUGUGGAAAUGGAAGGUUGGACAUCGUCUUCUUGGUGCACACCACACAGGACAACCAGUUUAACGAAGAGGCAAUUAAAAGAUUCCUUUCUCAAGUGAUCUCCUCAGUUGGACCGCUUGGAUCAAAUGCCACUCAGGUGUCUGUGGGCGCUUACAGCUUCCGGCAGAGGCCCUCUGUGCUACUCAACAGAUCCAGCGAGCUCAGAACAGUCCUACAGCAAGUCCAAAACAUUCCUUUUACCGAUCCAAGUGGAACUGCUAUCGGUGGAGCCCUAGACUUUGCCAGGAACUUUUUGUUCUCCACGGUGUAUGGGAGGAGACAGAACGUGCCCGGGGUUCUGGUACUUUUGGCGGACGGACCGUCCUCGGAUGACGUGUCGCAGGCAUCGAGCGCUAUCAGGGCUGCCGGGAUCCGAGUGCUGGCGGUAGGAUUGAAUGAGGCUGACCAGGAACAGCUCCGUAGGAUUGUCACCGGCCAGAGCGCUCAGAAUGUGUUUUACACCGAAGAGGCCGCCAACAUGAACAGCCUGGCAGAUCCAUUAGCUGAGGCCAUUUGCUCGGAAUCUCAAGCCCAGGCGCAGUGCACAGUCUGCCCGCAGGGUGAAAGAGGGCCGAAGGGUGAACCGGGAGCUGCUGGGCGUCCAGGAUUGGCGGGACCUGUAGGAGAUCCAGGCCGCAGUGGGCCCCCUGGCCCUCAGGGUCCUGCUGGGCCCCGUGGACCUUCGGGUGAGGGGACAGCAUCAAGUGGACAGAAAGGAGAAACUGGUGAGCCGGGGGCAGAUGGACUCCCAGGAACCCCGGGACGUCCCGGAAAUCCUGGCACUCCGGGGGCACUGGGGACUAAAGGAGAUAGAGGAGAAUCUGGGGAAUCAGGACGUCCAGGGCCCGCUGGCCCCAAAGGAGAGAGAGGUUUUCCGGGCGAACCUGGUGAAAUAAUAAAUGGCGGGGAAGUUAUUCCUGGGAGAAAAGGAGAGCCUGGAACUCCAGGAAUUCCCGGACAAGCAGGAACUCCGGGGCAAAGGGGAAUCCCAGGAACUUCAGGACCUCCAGGGCCAGAGGGACCAAGUGGACCUCCAGGUGUUUCAGGCCAGUCUGUGAAGGGAGAGAAAGGAGAACGAGGUGAGAGAGGACUUCCAGGACUGGUCAAUGGAGUUGCGGUCAAAGGAGAACCCGGUAGUCCAGGCCCAGCUGGUGUUAAUGGGACACCAGGUCUUCGGGGGUUAACUGGACCACAAGGCCAAAAAGGUGACAAGGGCGAGACAGGUGAAGGUUUCCCGGGUACGGCAGGACGUGCUGGAGAUCCAGGUGAUCGAGGACCCAGGGGUCCUCCUGGAGAACAAGGAACAAAAGGUGACCGAGGACUGCCUGGCCAGGAUGGAGAAGCCGGAAAUAAGGGUGAACGUGGUCCUCAAGGUUUCCAAGGUCUUAAGGGAACUCCAGGGCAGAAUGGUCAAUCAGGAGUAACGGGACCCGCGGGACCUUUAGGGCCACAGGGUAUCCAAGGAGAAAAGGGUGACCAAGGAGCUCCCGGUGAGCCUGGCAAAGUGAUUUCCGUAGCCCCCGGGAUGAAAGGAGAUAAGGGAGAUCGUGGUUUUCAAGGUCUAGAGGGACCAAGCGGCACCAAAGGAGUGCCAGGAGACAAAGGAGAGAGGGGUGCUCAAGGUUUUGGCAGUCCUGGUCAGCCAGGAGCGAAGGGUGAAGCAGGGGAGAGGGGUAUUAUGGGUCUCGUUGGAAGGGCAGGUGCAAAGUUCUUCACUCCAUUCAGUAGCCAGACACGUAAAUUACACAUUUUGCCACUCAUACAAUCCCUUUUUUUCCCACACACUUGUCCACUUUUUUUUCUCUACCUUCAAAAAUUCCCUUUUCCUUUUGCUAUUCCAGAUAAUGAGUAUAUCGUGUGUUGCUGGUGCUGCUGCUUAGAGCCAAUCCAACACAAGUACAUACUUUUUUUGUUUACCCAGGGAGACCCAGGAGAUGCAGGACAAAAUGGAGAACCUGGAAAAACUGGUUCACAGGGGCCAGCAGGACUUCGUGGUAAGGAUGGAGAAAAGGGAGAUAAAGGAAAUGAUGGUAUUCAGGGUGAACCCGGAACACCAGGAAGUGCUGGAGAGCGAGGUCUAAGGGGUCCUCCGGGGAUCAGGGGCAUAUUGGGAGAAAAGGGAGACCCAGGGGAGCCGGGAGAAGAUGGAAGGAAUGGGAGCCCUGGACAGCCCGGUGGUAAAGGUGAUCAUGGUGACCCGGGCCCCCAGGGACCAGCUGGACCACCAGGGAAACCAGCUUCUUCUGAAUUGGCAACAGCUGGAUUGAAAGGGGAUAAAGGAGAUGCUGGAGACCCCGGGGAGCAUGGGGGGAAGGGACAGAAGGGUGAACCUGGUGCAAAUGGCCUCCUUGGAGAAAGGGGCAUUGAGGGACCCCGGGGACCUCCAGGAAAUCGGGGGGACCCUGGCGAUCGUGGAGCUCCUGGCGAAAAGGGAGACCGUGGACCUCCUGGAGUUGAUGGAAGGAAUGGAGUCGAUGGGAAAAAUGGACAGCCAGGACCUGCAGGGCUAAGAGGUGAAUUAGGAAAACAAGGGGAACCUGGGAGAGAUGGACUUCCGGGACUUCGAGGAGAGCAAGGACCUCUAGGUCCACUUGGUCCAGCAGGUCCCCCAGGGGUAGCGGGGAAACCCGGAGAAGAUGGCAAACCUGGUCUGAAUGGUAAAAUUGGAGAAGAUGGAACUCCUGGAGAAGAUGGAAGGAAGGGUGACAAAGGCGAAUCAGGGCCUGCUGGCAGAGAUGGCCGUGAUGGAUCCAAAGGUGCUCAAGGAGAAUCUGGUCUAUCAGGCCCUCCUGGACCAACUGGUGUUCCCGGACAACCAGGGCCAAUUGGUCCUUCAGGACAGGGAAUUCCAGGAGUAGCUGGCAUCCCGGGAGCUAAGGGGGACCGUGGUGAGAUUGGUGCUAGAGGUGAACAGGGAAGACCUGGUGAAAUCGGACAGAAGGGUGAGACUGGAAGUGCCGCAAACGUGGAGAAGUCUCUUGGCAUUUUAGGAAUUAAGAUUUCAGUCCUGAAAGAUGUAUCUGAGUUGUUUGAUGAUGGCUCUGGAAUCUCCGGCCAGCGAAAGGUAAAAGGAGAGCAGGGAGUGCCUGGAGAGAAAGGAGCCCCUGGUAAAGAGGGCACCAUUGGAUUUCCUGGAGAGAGAGGCCUGAAGGGAGACAAGGGUGACAACGGCCAACCAGGACCACAGGGGCCAAUUGGGCGAGCAAUUGGAGAAAGAGGUCCUGAAGGUACACCAGGGCCACCUGGAGACCCUGGGAAACCGGGAAUUCCUGGAGUACCUGGCAGGGCAGGAGAACCAGGAGAGCAAGGGAAAUCAGGGGACAAGGGAGAAAGAGGAGAAAGAGGGGAACGCGGAGAGGAUGGGAAAGAUGGUCAGAGGGGACCAAUUGGACCUUCGGGGCCCAAGGGAGAAAUUUUAGAAAUUAUUGCUGCUGGACUUCCUGGAGAAAGAGGAUUUCCAGGACCAAAAGGAAUCAGGGGAGACCCAGGAGAAGACGGAGGGAGAGGACCCAAAGGCGAUAAGGGAGCGGAUGGGCCCAAAGGAGACAAAGGUGAAACUGGAGAAAAGGGCAGAGAUGGACUGUCGGGCGCUCCUGGAGAGAGAGGGCUAGCAGGGCCUGAAGGAAAACCGGGCAUGCCGGGCUUCCCAGGAGUUCUUGGACGACCGGGUACCCCAGGAGAGCCAGGUCUGCAAGGACCUUCUGGUCCCCCAGGACCUGCUGGACCAAAGGGCAGUGCAGGAGAGCCUGGUCCCAGUGUGCGGGGAUUGCCAGGUCCACAAGGGGUUGCUGGACCUCCGGGAAUUGCUGGCCUUGUUGGACAAGCGGGCCCACAAGGACCUCCAGGAGUUGCUGGACUAGUGGGUGAACCGGGGAAGAACGGGCAGCCUGGAAGAGAUGGGUUACCAGGAAAAGACGGGGGACCUGGGCUUCCUGGGAAGAUGGGUAUGUCGGGUCCACCUGGUCCUGCCGGAGUCAGAGGAGAAGCUGGAGAAGCUGGAGUUCCAGGAGAGUUUGUUGCCGGAACUCCUGGGUCUAAAGGAGAGAAGGGAGCUCCCGGUGAUCAGGUUGACAGAUUACCAGGUGAACGGGGUGAAAAGGGAGACAGAGGCCUACCAGGUGGAAGAGGAGAGAGGGGAGAGCCAGGGAAAAAAGGAGAUUCAGGAGAUCCCGGAGAAAAUGGGGCCAGAGGACCUUCUGGACUAAAAGGAGAUAAAGGUGACGUUGGAGCUGGGUUGCCUGGACCUGCAGGACAACUGGGACCACAAGGUUUAAAGGGAGAUGUUGGAUUGCCGGGACCAUCGGGGCCUCCUGGUCUGCAGGGCACAGCAGGAAACUCUGGUCCUCCAGGUCAAAGAGGAGAACCUGGACAGUUGGGACUAUCAGGAGCACCUGGGGAGAGGGGUUUGAUUGGCUUUCCUGGAAGAGAAGGGAAUCCAGGUGUGCAGGGACCAGCAGGGACAACCGGUGCAGCGGGCCCCCCAGGACCUCCAGGAAUUAAGGGCGAUAAGGGUGACCAAGGAAUUGGUCUGUUGGGCCCAAGAGGAGAGAGAGGCGAUCCAGGAAUCAGAGGGGAAGAUGGACGACCCGGAUUAGAAGGGGACCGGGGCCCCGCUGGCCUUCCUGGAAACAGAGGGGAGCGAGGAGACAAGGGUGAUCCGGGCCCCGGGGGAAUUAAAGGAGACAAGGGUGACACUAUGACUAUUGAAGGACCCGCUGGUGCUAGAGGAAAUAAGGGGGAAUUGGGUGAUCGAGGAAUGAAAGGUUCCGAAGGAGAAAAGGGGGACAAAGGAGACCAAGGAGUGGGAGGCGAAAAGGGUGGUAAAGGAGAAGCGGGAGACAAAGGUGCGACUGGCUUUGUAGGCGCUCGGGGGCCAGGAGGACAAAAGGGUGAGAAUGGAGAAUCGGGUGAACCAGGAGAGUCGGGUAAACCAGGUAAAGAUGCCCUACCUGGACUUCGUGGGGACAAAGGAGAUGCUGGUCUUAAUGGGCUAAGAGGACCAAAGGGAGCCAGCGGCAUGAAGGGAGCGUGUGGCCAUGAUGGUGAAAAAGGAGACAAGGGUGACACGGGUGUGCCAGGCCGACAUGGGCUUCCAGGAAGGAAAGGGGAGCUGGGAGAAGCUGGCAGCCCGGGACACCCUGGUCUACCUGGAAAAGAAGGUCUUCUUGGUGCCAAGGGUGACAGAGGCAUUGAAGGAUUACAGGGUAUCAAAGGAGAUCAAGGAGAGAAAGGCGACAGGGGUCCUGUAGGGCCAGUUGGUCCAACCGGCACAAGAGGGAUCGAUGGGAUUUCUGGACCUCCGGGUCCUCUAGGACCUUCUGGUCCAAAAGGCCCUGAAGGUCUGCAAGGACAGAAGGGUGACAGAGGCCCUUCCGGAGAGGCCAUUACUGGGCCACGUGGAAUUCCGGGAGUCCCAGGAGAACGGGGUGAGCAGGGUAUGAUGGGACCAGAUGGAGGUAAAGGAGAUAGAGGAUCUCCAGGAAUGACAGAGGAUGAAAUCCGAACUUAUGUUAGGCAGGAGAUGAGCCAGCAUUGUGCUUGCGGAGGUUACUUUUCUGACAAACCAUCUCCCCCAUCCUAUCCGCCCAGCCCACGUCUAGUCCCAGUCCCAGCUCUUAAGUUUUCUCACAUUGAUGAAGAUGAGGGACGAGAACUUAAGGUGGUGGUGAACACCAAUGAUCCAGAUUACGAGCACAUAUACACGGUGGAUGACUACAAAGAUAUGGAUGAAGAUGGCACAGAGAGCACCAUUAUGAGAGAUGACACCACCAUACCGUCAAUAUCAGAAGCAAGCCUACGGAGUAAGAGAGAUACGUCAGCACAGGAUAUAUGCAGCUUCCCCAUGCAAGAGGGAGAAUGCAAAAAGUUCACACUAAAAUGGUAUUAUAACCACCUAGUGAGAGAGUGCCGCCCGUUUGUGUACAGCGGCUGCGGUGGAAACCUCAACCGAUUUGAUGAGAAGGAGCAAUGUGAGCUACACUGUGUACAGAGAAAAGCAGAAGAUCAACCACAGCAAAACGGAAGCUAAAAGACAAGAAGAUCUAGGAAAGAAAUAUGUAUAUUGUAUUAUUUUUGUAAGAUUUGCUACAUUUGCAAAAAAAAAAAAAAAAAGAAAAC